CCCCGCCAAAAAUGAAAUAAGAAAACAUCCGAAAAUGAGUGUUGUUUCAAUAUAUGAAUCGGAAGUUUCUUGCUUGUCGUCAAUCCGCGAUCUGCAAAAGAGAUGCAUCCAUCAAAAGAUUCAGUUGUCAUCUGAAACUAACAAAUUUCUUCUGUAUUCUACACUUGUCAAAUUGGGUCCAUCACUUGCUCAGAAAGCUGUCAGUAAAUUGGUAGCUGCAGGGACUAUAAAGUGGGAUGAGGAGAAUUUUGAGGUGGAAAAAAUCAUUGACCACUGUCAGGAUGAGGGUGUAGACUUCUACCUGAUAAAAUGGAAGGGCUGGAGCAACCAACACAACACUUGGGAACCCUCGACCAACUUGGAAUGCCCAAACCUCAUAGAGGAGUUCCAUGUGCGCAACAAGACAGGACAUGUAGAGUACUCCGGUCUGAGAGAAAAACGCAAGUUUGACGAGAUAAGGGAUGGGAAAAAUGAUGAUGAACGGGAAACAAAGCGGAGCAGAAUUGAUAAACUUUUCCAGAAGCUUAUAGCUAGUAACGAUACAAUUAGUCCUCUUACACUGAUCUCUCAAACUAGUCCGGAUAAGAUCACCAAGUCAUACAAUGGUGUAAUGAACUGUCAAGGUCUCAAAUUGCCAAAAUUUAACAAUACCAGUAAAGCACUGUUAAACCCAAAAACAAAGGCUUACAAACUCAAGAAAUUGGAGAUCCAGAAUGCGAUGAUAGAAUGGGAGAAACAUUUGAACAAAGUUAAUACUGAUCCUGCUUCUAUAAGUGUAGAAAACACUGUUGACUUGGAAGGACCUCCUGAGAGUUUUGAGUACAUCAAUGAUUACAAAGCUGGUCCAGGGAUUGUGAUCCCGGACGAUCCAAUGAUAGGCUGUGAAUGUGAGGAUUGUCUGAAUGAGAAAAAAGGAUGUUGUGCUGCUCAGUUUGGCGUGGAGUUUGCCUACUUCAAGUACAAGAGGCUGCGUAUCCACGCAGGACGACCCAUCUAUGAGUGCAACAAACGCUGCAAGUGUGGGCCAGAAUGUCCAAACCGUGUUGUACAGCAGGGUCGCAAACAUAAGGUUUGUGUGUUCCGCACGAGCAACGGUCGAGGCUGGGGGGUGAAAGCCUUACAGAAAAUCAAGGCCGGCACCUUCGUCAUGGAGUAUGUUGGGGAGGUGAUCAGUAACGAGGAGGCUGAGAUACGAGGAAAGACAUAUGACUCUGUUGGCCGCACAUACCUGUUUGAUCUAGACUUUAACGGUGACGAUUGUCCCUUCACUGUGGAUGCAGCUGUGUACGGAAAUGUGUCGCACUUCGUCAACCAUAGUUGUGACCCAAACCUGGAAGUGUACAGUGUAUGGAUUAACACUCUAGACCCUCGACUGCCCCGUAUUGCGCUCUUUUCACGCAGAACAAUCGAAAAGGGAGAAGAACUCACAUUUGACUACAUGUCCAGCAAGGCACACUCUCCAUUAGAGGAGAGUGGGUCCGAAGAGGCUCUGAAUAAAGUUGCGAAUGGCUCAGUGGAGAAGCCCAUGUCCCAUGUAAAUGGAGCACUUGAGGAGUUGGAGUUUGAAGCUACCAACACCAGCAAGUCAACCAAGUCAGUAGGUGGGGUGUGUGGAGAUAUGCCUUCCGUGGGUGAGGAAACAGAGUCAGGAACAGAAGGGUCGUCUGAGAGCCCUGGCAUUGGGGACACUCUGUCAUCGAAGGGCCCUGCUGCGGGAGACUGGACGUCGUCUGCGGACCCUGCUGUGGGAGACAUGGUGUCAGAAGCUGGCGAUGCCUCUAUUCCUGAUGAUGGCAAAACAGGCAGCAAGGAGUACCGCAUGGUCUGUCAGUGUGGGGCGAAGAACUGCAGAAAAUUUGUCUUCUAGAUUAUUUCUGGCUCAAGUUGGCCUCAAAUGGAUUAUUUAUAAGUCACAUCUAACCAUAGGAUACUGAGAUUAUGCAAUUCUCAUUAAAUAUUAUUAUUAUUCGACAUGUUUGGAUUAAAUAUAUUACACAAAGUAAUUUUGCAUGAACUUGCUUGGUUAAUGGACAAAUAAAAUUAUUUCAGCAUUAAUCAGUAAUUUUUUCUUGCAUUUAUUAUCGGCAUGUGCAUUUUUGAUUGGAAACAUAAGGUCUAAAUAUUAUUAUUUGACAUUAGGGCAACAGUCUCCAAAAUGUUAGGUACAAAUGUAGGGUAGGGACACAGUUGUCUUUUGUUGUUUUAAGUGCAGUCUUUUUUUAACGUUUGGGUGUAUGUGUAUAUCUGUAUUGAUACUUUUGUUUUUAAUUGUAAUAUACACAAAUGGUCAACUACAGCUAAAAAAUCAGAAAAGAUUAGGGUCAAGGGAUUUUGCCAGGUUGUGCCCUUGACACGGGUAAAAAAAUAUGCCAAAAGGUAGUUUGAAUAAUAUAAUUAUGAUGGUUAUCAAGCAGUUAUAGACAUUUUUACUGUUUAUUCAUAUCCCUUUUUUCAUGUGGAAAAUUGGAUUUGGGGCGGGAAAUGAAAGCUGUUUUUGCAUGGGACACAGCCUGAAAAUGGGACAUAAUUUUCAUGAAAAGGUGUCAGUUAAUAUAUUUGGUUCAGCUUUCUAUCAUUUAAGAUAUAACAUCCUUUGUUUUAUUGAUAUUUAUAAUUAUAAUCAAUGUUAUUUUGGGCUGUAUCUAUUCUCAUAGUCACUCAUGAAUAAUAAUGUAGCAUUAGAUUUAAAUAUAUGACAAUAAGGCAUUGUGAUAGAAUAAGAGACUUACAUUUUUCUGGUUAAUGUUCAAUAGCCGUUUGUAUACAGUUUAGGUCUGAAGUUUUCCAGUUUGCACACUUGAUUAAUAUUGACCAAUCAAUAUAGAUUUAAGCUCACUUGGACCAAACCAUGACAUUGGCCAGUGUUAAAAAAUUGGCUGUAGGUUUUGUUUCCCAGUAUUUUUGGAAAAUGACCUUCACACUUAUUUUUCUCACCAGCUUUGUAUCUUUUUAUACAUGUACUCAAAUACCCCUCAACAUUUAUCUGUGAGCUAUUGUAACUUCAACAACAACAUUAAAUUGCAGUUUUUCAAUCUGAACCAAUCAAACAGUGUUCCCUCUGGUAAAAAAAUCACCAUUGAAUGCUGUUGGUCCAGGGUUUGUCCUUGUUGGGAUCACAGAGGGGAAAGCCCCUGAAGUUACCAGGUUUUAAGCUGCCUAUCUGUACUAGUCAGUUAGUUGUUAAAGAGUAAGAGACAUAUAGACCAAAUUCUCACCUAAAACAAUGACAUAUUGAGUGAAGUGGAAUGCAAUUCCAAUUUCGGAGAGUAAGUAAAUGGAAAAAAAAAGCCUUCUGAUCAGAUAAACUAACAGGUAGUUUCAUUUGGAUAUUUUUUUAUACUUUUGGCAUUGAGGCCAUUACCAAAUAUCGGCUAUAAAAAUUGCCAAUGUAUUAACAAGAUGUUUUAUGGUCGUAGUUUACUAGAAUGAUACAAUGAUACACUACAGGGACAAGCUAGUACUCAAAAAGUUCAUAUAAUAACCCUAGAAAGUGAAGUACCCCAUAUGCAUUUAUCAAAGUAUGACUUAGCGUGAACAAGCCCGAAACAUUAUACAUACACUUAGUAUGAAGUUUGGAAUGUAUUUUAUGAUGUUUAAAUUUGUAUUUGUACAUUGUCUUGUAAAUUUUAAAUUUUAUUUAAAUCUUUGUGAAUAACUUUGCAACACUUGUGUAAUCAUGUUAAAUUGUGAAAGUAGUUAAGAAAUGAAAGUAAACACUGAUUAUGUACUGUAAAGUAUUGUUUUAAAUAUUUCUUUUAAACGUUUGGUAUAACUUGUUGACCAUUGAAGUACCUCCAGUACAAAAUGUGAUAUCAAAAUAAUGUAUAUACAUAAAUCUGUUCAGAACAUUAAACAAUGUUUGGGGGCAAUUUGACACAUUUAUCUUGUGAUGCUUCUAUAAUUUUAAUUUUUGUCAGGAAAUAUGUUUGUACAUGUACUGUGUUUAUGUCCAAAUCAUCUAGCAUUAAAAUAAUCACCUCCAUGAUUUAUUUGUAGUAUUUAUGAAAAAGGAUCUUGUCCAAUUUAUAUGAUGGAAUAUGUAAACUAAUAGAUCAAUUUUAAAAGGGUAAUCAAACAUUAAACCUAUUGUCUUCACGCUAAUAGAACAUUCAUUUUAUAUUAGUUAACAGAUUUUCCUUGUUGUGAAGUAUAUUGAUCUGGUGUAUGUAUAUUUCUAGAGAUGUAAUUGUAAGAGAUUGUAUAUUAAAUCGUUCAAUAAAGAUGUAGUAGGUUUUUGUUCAACCAUUGAAUUCAGAUAGAUAUGUUAAUAAUGCACGAUUAUUGAGCACAAUUUUACUACUCUAGUUUUACAAAUGUAUCAAUUGUACCUUAGGUGGAAUGUUGCCAUUAGUUUCUUUUAUCAAAUUUUAAUUACUUAAGUAAAGAAUAAAGUUUUA